CUGGAAUGUCGACCUAGAAACCCUGGAGUACCGAAAUUUCUUCUGGGAUUAUCGAUACCAAACGGAAACGGGAUUACCUGCCAUAGUCAGUGACACUUCGACGCCAACAUUUUUAUGUCAAGGGGUUUAAGCCUUCUAGAAUAAAAAAAUGCAGAAGAGUGAAUUCCAUGUGAGCCUGACACCGGGCGAACUGGGUCGCUACAAGACCCCAUCAACAAUGUCCAAUAACCACUCGCACAUUCCAGUACCAAAGUCCUUUGGUUCUCCCAACAAGUCCAGCCUUCAUUCCAUUGUAAAACGCGGAAAUUCGACAAAUGCACUUAGCGAUAAGAUUGGAGGGAGUUCACCGGGUAAAGCACCAUCGGUUGCUGCUUACAAGGCGUCCUUUGAACGUCUGGAUGCCGCUGCUGCUAUGAGCAACUCUCAGAAACGCAUUCUGAAUGACAAUCACAGCUCAGUCACCAGCAAUUCAUUAAAAAUCCAGGAGACACCCAAGAGGCCGAUUAAUGCCCUCAAUAGUUCAAUUUUCAAUGGGAAUAACACUAAUGUUAAUAAUAAUAAUGGUGUUACGGUGGGUGAGGUGAAUUGGAAAUAUAAGUUCGAGGAUUCGGAGAGGAAGAGGAAAUCGCUGAUUCAAAAAUCUGAUGCUGUAACGAAGGAGAACGCCGAUCUUGAUAAGAAAUACCGUCAACUCCUCCGCGACAACAACGUUCUUCAGUCUCAAGUGCGCACCAAAGACGAAGAACUCCAUAAACUCCGAUCAGUGUCAGAGAGACUCUGCAAGGAGUAUGAGCAGCAAAAACGUCAGUAUGACGUGGAGACGGGGGCCCUCCACAAAGCAAUGCAGCAGGCGUCGCAAUGGUACAAGCAAAAUCGUCAGCUCAAGAGACAAUCCCUGGUGCUCACCCAGAGAAUCCUUGAGUCACGUCCCGAUGCACUCGCCGAUGAUUUGUGCCUGUCUGACGAGGUCGAUGCUAAUGAAAUUGAUGAUGCUGAAGAGUUACGGCAGACUAUCACUGAGCUGAGUGCUGAAGUUGCUCGCCUGCAAACAGAAUUAAAUGCAGCGAGACUCCAGGAGUUUGAGGCGCAAGAGCAAGCGGCUUUAUCCAAUGCUCGACUAGAGGAAGAAACAGAAAUGAGAGAUAAAAGUGAAGAAGUGAUAAAACAACUCACUAUUCACAAAGAGAACAUGGAGAGGGUCUCGAGAAUGGUGGCUGAUGAAGUGCAAGCACUGAAAGCUCAAUGUGACCGAGAGAGAGAGCACGCUAAGAUGAUCAAAAUUGAAGCUGACAGAGUGCAAAAAGAGAGAAAUGUUUUGGCACAUCAGAGUGCACUGCUGAUGGCAGGAGUCAGUGAUGAUUCCAAUGGACGUCUACUCGCUAUACUCCAAGAGGUUGAGACACUGAAGAGAGACCUCGAGGAGGAGAAACAGACGCACUCCGAGCAGAUGCAACUCCUCCAGGAUAAACUCGAGGAGAAGGAGUCGAAUGUUGAGUUUGAGAUUGUUGAGGAGAAGCUCAAGCUCUCGGAAGUCGAGAUGAAUAUGGUGAUGAAGAGGGCUGAGAGGGCGGAGAGAGAGGUGGAGAGGCUCGAGGGUGUGGUCGCUAAAUUGGAAGAGAUGCUCGGAGAUACGCAGAAUAAGGGUACACCACCACCACCUCCAGCGCCACCACUUCCACCACCACCUCCCCCAUUGCCAGCCGCUGAUAAUGUUUCAAGAUCGACGGUGAAGCUGUUGACGAGGGAACGAGCCGAGGGGGGUGGUGAUCGAAAUUCCGCGAUUUGUGAUAUGACGAGUAUUCUUGGAAUUGCUAAAAAACCAGCAGCCGUACCCCAACAGCCUGCCAUAGACGACAUAAUAAAUCAGAUAAAAGGAGGGAAGUUCACGCUCAAACAAACAGAUAAACAACGGGAAGAGGAGAGACGAAGAAAACGCGAGAUGGAGAGUGCCCCAGCAGCUGUAUCCGAGAUGCUGAAUAUUCUGGGUACCAUGAGACGACGGGCAAAGCCAAUCAGGCAGCCUCUCCCCUACCCCAAUGUUUCCCCAUGAUUAUCAUUCACAAUUAUAUCACUACGCAUCACAAAAAUUUAAUCUUACAAGUAUUACAAAUGCCGCGUAAAAAAUAUCUAUAUAUACUUAUACAUAUGUACUAAAGAAUGAAAAAUAAGCAUUCAUUUCGUUUUCAGCGUCAAAAAUGUAUCGGUAAAUAUUUUUUGAGUAAAUGAUUCUUUUUCAAUUU